CUAUCUCUAACUAUCCUUGAACUUCAUUUCAUCACUGAUCGACCAUUGAAAACCACCCUUCAGUUGUAAUAUCUUGACUGCAUAAUUCUGGAUUGUGUGUGUGUUUAAAAUAUGUGAUUGAUUGUCAAGGAACUGUGAUAUUUUGUGUAAAAUUUGUUCCAAAAUGAGAGCCGUAUUGCAAACGAUACGGAUACUAGUGUUAGCUUUAGUUGUCCACAACACACACUGUCAAGAUGGAUUCAACAAUCAGGACAUCCUCCGCGUUCAACAAGUUGGGAACGACGGACACAUCGAAUCGAUUACAGGCUACAGCAAAAACGUUCAUGACCCAAAUAGUCAGUCAAUGGCAUCCCUGAGCGUUCAGUAUCAGGUGCCAAAUGAUGCAAACAAUUACGAUCGCGGCAGGACAAGGAAAGUUUAUCGUAUCAAAAAUCCCUUCCAAGGCACACAAGGAGAUGGAACACAAAUGGACAGUAACAAUUCACAAGAUACAGGCACCGCGGCUAGUAACCAGUAUGCUGGUAUGCAGUACUCCCUACCACCUGAAGAGUUCUUGCAACAGAUGAGAGCGGAAAAUCAAUACCUCCAGCAACAGCAACAACAGCAACAACAGCAACAACAACAGCAACAACAGCUAUCAACACAAACUUCUGUUUAUUCAUACACGGCAACGCCUCAGCCCCAAUAUUCAUAUUCAACAAUGACUGCUUCCAAUUACGAUAAUCAACCCAUCCAAAAUAUGCAAGAACAAAAGUCUAUAAAUUCGAUGUAUAACUCUAACGCAAAUACAUAUCAAUACAAUAGUCCUAAUAACUAUAAUUUAGAUUCUCCGCAUAGUACCCCAGCGCCUUCUUUCUUAUCCACACCGAGUAAUCAAUAUAAUAUUGGUACACCUACCAAUACAUUUGUUUCUAGCGCCUCACCCAUGUAUAUAACAAGCCCACCUAAUUUACAACCAUAUGUGUCAUCUCCCUAUACAAAUACUCAAACAGGCACUGUAGACUAUAAUAGCAAUAGGGUAUCUACAAUUGACCACUUCUUGGGGUGA